GUACUGAAUACGCUUAGCGCAAUAAUAUCCGGAGUGUGUUUUUUAACGCUGCGAAUUUAUCGACUAAAAUGGAAGAAAUCGAAAGACUAUUAACGAAAAUAUCAAUCACUUCAUUUGAGAUGGACUCCAUGCAUCUGGUAGAGGUGACUCAUGUUAUCGAUCCAUUAAACUUUUACGUUCGUCCGAUGAAGUAUAGACCCAUCAUACAAGUGAUGGAAUAUAUGGAGCCGAAAACCAACUCGACGAGUUUUAACGUACAUGAUUUGGUUAUAUUUAACGUGGCCUAUUCAUGUGGAGGUCGUAAGUACAUAAGAGGUAGAAUAACCCGUAUAUCCCAAAUUGAGAGUUUCCUUGCUUGCGAUAUAUUUGCCAUUGAUUACGGAUUUAUGGAAAAAUUAAUCCCGAUUGAAUAUAUGUGGGAAUGCUCAAUACAAUUGGCAAACAUACCACCACUGGCUUGUGAUUGUCAGUUAGCUAAUUGCUACCCUCUGGAUCUCGAAGGUUUUUCGUCUGAUACAAUUGAUGCCUUCAAAUAUUAUGCGGGUAAUGAACCCAUCCAAAUUAAAGUUUUGGGCAAGAAAACCAACAGGAUUAUGGUUGAGUUGGUAAAUUCUGCUAUCGAGAGCAUAUCCACACUGCUAGCUAUGCACGGAUAUAUAACAUUAGGUCACUUUUGUGAUGCAGUUACCUGGAAUCCAAUCGUAGGUGGAAAGAGCAUUUACUUUAAUUUUAAAGAUCUCUCGGUUGGAGAAACACUACAUGUGAGGGUUCAGUCUGGUGACUCACUAAAUGGGUUUAAUGUUGUAGAAGUUAGCGACUUUAAUAAACACCUGGAAGAAGUUGGUGCCAUAACAUUUUACGCAAAGAAGGAUUUUUAUCUUUCCCCGCUACACUUCGUUGCAGGACGUUUAGUUUGCGUGAAAAAUGAUAAGGAUAAUAUAUACGAAAGGGCUUUCAUUAAGAAGGUGACAAGACCUUUUAAAAAGGCUAUUGUUCAACUCGUGGAUUGGGGAAGAACCGCAGAGUAUCAUAUUAGAAAAAUGAAAUAUAUGCCCGUACAAUGUUUGAGGUCACCAGUAGUUUCGAUUUAUUGCAAGUCUGAUGAGAGUCAAUCCUGGGAUAACGGCUUAGACCGUUUUUUGACUCCAGGCUUUGAAUUUAAUAUAACAAUUAAAAGCCUAGGACAUCAAUUCGAAUAUCCGAACAUAGUUGACAUCUCGCCUCUGGCACUACCAGUUAAUGAUGAUGAUGAGGCCCGAGCCUUACCAGCUUAAUCUUGA